GGUCCUCCACCUGAGAUCCGUUUUGGGUAGAACGUGGAUGUUUUUUGGCGUUAAGAUGAUUCCCCGCUACAGACCGAGCCCGGGCUCAACAAUGUCCUUGUCCUUCUGCGGCAACGAGAACAACUCAGCCGCCUACAACGUGGACCAAGGCGUGCUCAACAACGGAUGUUUCCUAGACGCGCUCACUGUGGUGCCCCACGUCUUCCUGCUGUUCAUCACCUUCCCCAUCCUCUUCAUCGGUUGGGGCAGCCAGAGCUCCAAAGUUCACAUCCAUCACAGCACCUGGCUGCACUUCCCUGGGCACAACCUGCGCUGGAUCCUCACCUUCAUCCUCCUCUUUGUGCUGGUGUGUGAGAUCGCAGAGGGCAUUGUGUCCGAUGGGUUCACUCAGUCUCUCCAUUUGCAUCUCUAUAUGCCCUCAUGUCUGGCCUUCAUGGCUGCCAUCACUUCUAUAAUCUACUACCACAACAUAGAGACCUCCAACUUUCCAAAACUGCUGUUGGCUUUGCUUAUUUAUUGGAUCUUGGCAUUCAUUACAAAGACCAUUAAGUUUGCCAAGUACACAGAGCAUGGCAUCGGUAUGAGACAACUGCGCUACUGCCUAACUGGUCUGCUGGUUCUGCUCUAUGGCCUCCUGCUGGCUGUGGAGAUCAAUGUUAUACUAGGAAGGCGCUAUAUGUGUUUUGCCCACCCCACGGAAGUGAAGCCUCCUGAGGACCUGCAGGACCUGGGUGUACGCUUCCUGCAGCCAUUCGUCAACCUGCUGUCGAAGAGCACAUACUGGUGGAUGAAUACCUUUAUCACGACUGCUCACAGGCGUCCUAUUGACCUGAAGGUCAUCGGCAAGCUGCCCAUCGCCAUGAGAGCUCUCACAAAUUACAUGAAGCUGCGCAAGGCCUUUGAGGCUCAGAAGAGGCCGGAUGGGCUCCAGCCUCAGGGACCCCAGUGGAUCUGGAGAGCCCUGCGUCAGGCCUACGGGAAGCCCCUAAUUCUGAGCAUCACUUUCCGUUUCCUGGCUGACCUGCUAGGUUUUGUCGGGCCACUGUGCAUCUCAGGCAUUGUGCACCACAUCAGCAAGAAGAACCACACAAUCCAGGCACCAGCCCAGUUGUUGGGGAUCUAUUUCAUCUCCUCGCAGGAGUUUCUUGCUAAUGCCUAUGUGCUGGCAGUGUUGCUUUUCUUUGCUCUGCUCCUGCAGAGAACGUUCCUUCAAGCCUCCUACUACUCAGCCAUCCAGACCGGAAUCAACCUGAGAGGAGCCAUUCAGACAAAGAUCUUCAAUAAAAUUAUGCGUCUGUGCACCUCUAACAUGUCUAUGGGAGAGAUGACAGUGGGCCAAAUUUGCAACCUGGUGGCCAUAGACACCAACCAGCUAAUGUGGUUUUUCUUCCUGUGUCCCAAUCUGUGGGCCAUGCCAGUACAGAUCAUAGUGGGGGUGAUUCUGCUCUACUACCUCCUGGGAAUAAGUGCCUUGAUUGGGGCAACCGUCAUUGCUCUCCUGGCCCCUGUGCAGUACUUUUUGGCAACUAAAUUGUCCCAAGCACAAAAAAGCACUCUGGAGUACUCCAGUGAGCGGCUGAAGAAAACCAAUGAACUGUUGCGGGGUAUCAAGCUGCUGAAACUCUAUGCCUGGGAGCACAUCUUCUGCUCCAGCGUAGAGGAGACAAGGAGGAAGGAGCUCACCAGCCUGCAGGCCUUCGCCCUCUACACUUCUGUCUCCAUUUUUAUGAAUGCCGCUAUUCCAAUUGCUGCAGUUCUUACUACAUUUGUGGUCCAUGUGCACCUGUCGGAUGAUGCAGACCUGUCCCCAGCUGUGGCAUUCGCCUCGCUAUCUCUUUUCCACAUCCUCGUCACACCUCUCUUUCUCCUGUCCAGUGUGGUUCGCUCUACGGUCAAAGCACUUGUCAGUGUGCAGAAGUUGAGUGAGUUCUUCUCCAGUGAUGAGAUUGGAGAGGAGCAGGAGCCCAAGGCUACCAUUCCAACCAGCUCCACCAACCAUAGCAAUUACCAGGCCCUGCCACUAAAGGUUGUGAACCGUAAGCAUCCAGCUCGAGAGGACUGGAACAGCUAUGGGCUACAUAGUGAGCAAGACACAGAAACAGCAGCGGUGGAGGAUGAUGAUACCUGCAUCAAGAUAACCGGUGGAUAUUUCAGCUGGACUGAUGGUGCACCCACUCUUUCGAAUGUGGACAUAAAAAUCCCAUUUGGUCAGCUGACUAUGAUUGUGGGUCAGGUGGGAUGCGGGAAGUCCUCUCUGUUGCUCGCUGCACUGGGAGAAAUGCAAAGGAUUUCUGGCAUUGUCACCUGGAACAGUAAUCCAAAACUGGAUUCAGAAGGAGAUGAAAGCCCAGAUGCAGCUGGUGAUGAUGAAAUCAGGAAGAGAGGAGCUGUAGCGUAUGCUUCCCAGAAACCUUGGCUUCUUAAUGCGUCUGUUGUAGAAAACAUUACCUUUGAGAUGCCUCUGAUCAAACAAAGGUAUAAGACAGUGAUCGAGGCGUGCUCUCUGCAGCCAGACAUCGACAUACUACCACAGGGCGACCAGACAGAGAUCGGCGAAAGGGGAAUCAUCCUCUCAGGAGGCCAGAAACAGCGCAUCAGUGUAGCUCGCGCUCUCUAUCAGACCACCAAUGUGGUUUUUCUGGACGACCCAUUCUCGGCGCUGGAUAUCCACCUGAGUGACCACCUAAUGCAGGAGGGCAUUCUGAAGCUCCUCAGAGAGGAGAAGAGAACUGUGGUGCUGGUCACACAUAAACUGCAAUACCUUCCCCAUGCAGACUGGAUCAUCGCGAUGAAGGAUGGAACAAUACAGACAGAGGGUACAUUGAAAGACAUCCAGAACUCUGAGCCAGAGCUGUUUGAGCAAUGGAAAACCCUCAUGAAUCGGCAGGACCAGGAGUUUGAGAAGGAGACUGUUGCAGAAAGCAUGACUGUACUGGAGAGGAAGAACUUGAGGAGAGCCAUGUACUCCAGAGAGGCACUGAAGACCGAGGAAGAGGAGGAGGCAAUGGGGACUGCACUCACUCCUGAAGCAGAAGAGUCGGUGGAGAGUGAUGAUGAGGACAACCUGUCGCAGGUGAUGAGGCAUAGAGCCACCAUUCCAUGGGGAUCAUGUGGGAAAUACCUGACCUCAGCCGGCCUGCUACUGCUGCCGCUGCUGGUGCUCUCCCAGCUGCUCAAACACUCGCUCAUGGUGGCUAUUGACGUGUGGCUCGCACACUGGACCUCUGACGUCAUCCGUGCCAAGAUCCACGCUGACCAACACAACUGCACAUUGGUUCAGGACUGUGGUUUCAGUCACUCUUCAUACCUGCUGGUCUUUAGUGUGCUCUGCUGUCUUGGCAUCGUGCUUUGUCUGGUCACCUCCGUGGCUGUGGAGUGGACGGGGCUGCGCGUAGCUAAAGAGUUACACCACAGUCUGCUCAAUAACAUCAUCCUCGCCCCCAUGAGACUCUUUGAGACAACCCCUUUGGGAAGCAUUCUGAACCGAUUCUCUGCUGAUACGAACACCAUAGACCAGCACAUACCUACUACUCUAGAGUGUUUGAUACGCUCCACACUGCUGUGUGUGUCUGCGCUGGGUGUGAUCUCAUAUGUCACACCUGUCUUCCUCAUCGCUCUCGCUCCCCUCGCCAUCGCCUGCUACUUCAUCCAGAAAUACUUCAGAGUGGCAUCCAGAGAUCUACAGCAGCUAGAGGACAGCACACAGCUCCCUUUACUCUCUCACUUCUCAGAGACAGUGGAGGGGCUCACCACCAUCAGAGCUUUCAGGUAUGAGGCCAGGUUUCGCCAGAGGCUUCUGGAGUUCACAGAUGCUAAUAACGUCGCAUCUCUUUUCCUCACUGCUGCCAACCGCUGGCUGGAGGUUCGCAUGGAAUACAUUGGAGCCUGUAUUGUCCUCAUAGCAGCUGUGGCCUCUAUCACCAGUUCGCUUUACAGUCAUCUCUCUGCGGGGCUGGUGGGGCUGGGCCUGACUUAUGCUCUCAUGGUGUCUAACUAUCUGAACUGGAUGGUGCGUAACCUGGCUGAUAUGGAGGUGCAGUUAGGAGCAGUGAAGAGGAUUAAUACCCUGCUAAAGACAGAACCAGAGAAUUAUGAGGGGCUGUUGUCUGCGUCCCAGGUCCCAGAGGGCUGGCCCCAGCAGGGAGAGAUUCAGAUCCAAAACCUGAGCGUUAGGUACGACAGCACUCUGAAGCCUGUCCUAAAGCAUGUCAAUGCCCACAUCAAACCCGGAGAAAAGGUUGGCAUCUGUGGCAGAACAGGAAGUGGAAAGUCUUCUUUCUCUUUAGCCUUCUUCCGUAUGGUGGAUACUUUUGAAGGGCGCAUAAUCAUAGAUGAUAUUGACAUAGCAAAGCUGCCUCUUCAGACACUUCGGAGUCGCUUCUCUAUCAUCCUCCAAGAUCCCAUUCUCUUCAGUGGAACAAUCCGUUUUAAUCUAGACCCAGAGAUGAAGGCUACAGACAGUAUGCUUUGGGAAGCUCUGGAAAUCGCCCAGCUCAAACCAGUGGUGAAAACCUUGCCUGGGGGACUUGACGCUGUGGUGACGGAAGGUGGGGAGAACUUCAGCCAGGGGCAGCGCCAGCUAUUCUGUUUGGCACGGGCAUUUGUUCGCAAGAGCAGCAUUUUGAUCAUGGAUGAAGCCACUGCAUCAAUAGAUAUGGCUACGGAGAGCAUUUUACAGAAAGUCGUAAUGACAGCCUUUGCUGACAGAACUGUGGUUACCAUAGCACAUCGAGUGCACACUAUCCUGAAUGCAGACCUGGUGAUUGUGAUGAAGAGAGGGGUCAUUCUGGAGUACGAUAAGCCAGACGUUCUCCUCAGUACUGAGGACAGUGUUUUUGCCUCUUUUGUUCGGGCAGAUAAAUGACCACUGACGACUGUCCGUUUAAAGUGCAAUUCUACCAUGUAUUAUUAUUUUAUAUUUCAGCUAUACAUCAUGUUUGUAAAUAAGAUGGGAUUUCUUUACUAAUAAAAGAUAAAUGCCUAUAUAUAUAUAUAUUCAUUUCUUUUUAUCCAUAUUUGUCCAUAUAAAUUCCAUAACUAUAUGAUGAUGUGCUUUAUAGCUGCAAUACCUGACUUUUACUUCUUAAUGAAGUAUUAAAGGGCCCAUAUCAUGGGAAACCAA